AUGAGUACAGAAAGUGAUACACAAAAGCAAAACGAAGAGAUUAAAGCGAGUGAGGAUUAGACAUAAAUGGAGUUAGAGACAUCAGAUGUUAAAUAGGAUGGCGAUAAACAAAAAGAUAAUGAGAGUGAGCAGACAAAAGCAAAUGAUAAUCCAGAUGAAAUGACAUUAGAAGAUUUAAUAAAAACAGAAAAGAAAUCACUUAGAGAUAGAAUUAUAAAGCAGAAACAGAAAGUGAAAGUCAUCGAAGGAAAAAAUUUCAAUGAGAGGUAGAACAUCAAUUUUGAAGACGAGACUUUGGAACUUAGAUCAGAAGUGUUGCAUGUUUAUGGAGUUGAUUUUUUGAGUACACAAGACAUUAUGAGCUAUUUUAGUAGAUUUAAUCCAGAAAAAAUUGAAUGGUUGAAUGAUUCUUCUUGCAAUGUAGUUUUUCCAAGCGAGGAAUUAGUUGAGCAGGCAGUUUAAUCUCUUUCUUUGACAAUUCAGAACGAUCCAAAUCUUUCUGAUGAGUGGAAAAAAGGUAUACCAUAUAAAGAAAGAAAUAUUGAGUUUUCAUUAUACUUCAGAAUUGCUACAACAAAAGAUGUCAAAGGAUAGUAAAUCUCUGGAAAAGAAUCCCAGUACUACAAGUAUAUUAGACAAAAGACUUAAGAUUAAAGGUUGUAAAGGUAGAAGAGAUAUGAAGAGAGAAAUAGCUAUAGAGGAAACAGCAAAAGCUACAAUGACAGAGGUAGAAGUUAAUAGCAAAGUAAAAGACAUAGCAGAUCAAAUAGAGCUGAUACAAAGGAUUGGAGAAGAGAUAAGCUCAAUAAGGACAGUAAAAGAAACAAAAAAAAUCGUACUUCUUCUUCUCGCUCAUAAGACGGUGAAAGUAAUUCAGAUAAAAAAAAUCAAAGUAAGAGUAGGAGUAGAAGUCGUUCACAAAAAGAUUAAUACUCAAAUAAAUCUUCUUCUCCAGCUUCAAAAUCACCAAAAGAAGAGAAAAGAAGUCAAUCAAAAGAAACUUAAAACAAAAAAAAUAAUGAAGAAGCAGCAGCAGUACUGGACUAACAAGAAAAUGAUAAUGAUGAUUUAUGA